GUUUACGUGAGAAUACGUGCUGGAACGUUCAAAUUCCCCAAAGAGCACAAACAGGUGAUUUGCAUAGGGCCUGGUACUGGAGUUGCCCCCUUCCGAAGUUAUCUUUCUUGGCGCAAUAGGAGAUCAGAUAAAGCAGCCAAGUCAUUGUUGUUUUUCGGAUGUAGAGGGAAAGAAAAUGACUUUUACUUUGAACAGGAAUGGGACCAAAUGCCAAAUACGCGUGUAUAUGCCGCUUUUAGUCGUGAUACUGAUCGAAAAAUUUACGUUCAACACCUAAUCCUGGAUCGUGCAGAUGAAGUUUGGGAAAUUUUGGGUGAACAGGAUGAGGCUUCAGAGAAAAUCGCUGCGAAACAAUUUUUUGCUUCUUCUGGCGGUUCGCUCAGCUCGUGCUUCCCAUCCUCAGGAAAGCAUAACGGACGAUCCUUCCCCCAACUAGUCAUUGUCGGAAAUGUUUAUGGAGUUGAAGCAACCAUGGAUCGUCUGCUACGUGGAUUAGCUAUGGGGGUGAGAGCUGGUGACCCCUAA